CUCCAAUUUUAAUUUUGAUUGCAAUUAAUUGCCUAGAAAGCAUUUAUUGCACAAAGCUACAUUAUUUCACUCUCAUAAUUGUACGUACCUUGAUAUAUUUAUAGAUAUAGAUAUCUUGAGGAACAAGUUUUGAGUGUUUUUUCUUUUAGAUCAGACGACGACGACGAAAGAUGGCGGGUGGUGGUGGUGGAAGAUCGUUGGAGCAAACGCCGACGUGGGCGGUUGCCGUUGUUUGUUUUGUGUUAGUUGCAAUAUCUAUUGUCAUUGAACAUAUUAUCCACCUUAUUGGAAAGUGGUUGAAGUCUAAAAAUAAAAGUGCCUUGUAUGAAUCACUUGAAAAGAUCAAAGCAGAGCUUAUGCUGCUGGGAUUCAUAUCAUUGCUGUUAACAGUAGGACAAAGUCCAAUUUCGAACAUAUGUGUAUCAGAAAAAAUAGGAAAUUCAUGGCAUCCAUGUAGUAAGGAAGAAGAAGAUAAUAUAAUUUCAGAAGAUUCGUCGUCUGAGCAACACCGUCGGAGACUUCUUAUGGAGGCCGCCGGUGGUGGCGUUCGACGAAUAUUGGCUGGUGGUGGUGGAGAUGACAAAUGCGCAGCCAAGGGAAAAGUACCAUUUGUGUCUGCUGAUGGAAUUCAUCAAUUACACAUUUUCAUCUUUGUGCUGGCUGUUUUUCAUGUCCUCUAUUGUAUUACAACUUUGGCUUUGGGAAGAGCUAAGAUGAGAAGUUGGAAGUCAUGGGAAAAUGAAACCAAAACAGCUGAAUACGAAUUUUCUCACGAUCCUGAGAGGUUUCGAUUUACAAGAGAAACAUCAUUUGGAAGAAGGCACUUGAGCUUUUGGACCAAAAAUCCUAUCCUACUUUGGAUUGUUUGUUUCUUUAGGCAAUUUGUAAGAUCUGUCCCAAAAGUUGACUACUUAACACUUAGGCAUGGAUUUAUUACGGCACAUUUAGCACCUCAGAGCCACCAAAAAUUUGAUUUCCGGAAGUACAUUAAACGGUCACUUGAAGAAGAUUUUAAAGUGGUCGUAGGAAUCAGUCCCCCAAUAUGGUUCCUCGCCGUGCUCUUCUUACUCUUCAAUACUCAUGGCUGGUAUUCCUAUCUCUGGCUACCAUUCAUCCCCUUGAUUGUGAUAUUGUUAGUAGGGACAAAGCUACAAGUGAUAAUUACAAAAAUGGGUCUAAGGAUUCAUGAAAGAGGAGAAGUAGUAAAAGGGGUACCUGUGGUUCAGCCAGGGGAUCACCUUUUUUGGUUCAACCGUCCUCGUCUCAUUCUUUAUCUCAUUAACUUUGUCCUCUUUCAGAAUGCUUUUCAGUUGGCCUUCUUUGCUUGGACUUGGUAUGAAUUUGGGUUGAAAUCUUGUUACCAUGACCAUACAGAGGAUAUUGUCAUCAGAAUAACUAUGGGGGUUCUCAUUCAGAUUCUGUGUAGUUAUGUCACUCUUCCUCUUUAUGCCCUUGUAACACAGAUGGGUUCAAACAUGAAAUCAACCAUUUUCAAUGAAAGAGUAGCAACAGCAUUGAAGAAUUGGCACCACACAGCAAAGAAACAUGUAAAGGAUCAAAGCAAGCAUUCUAAUCCAGUGACACCAAUGUCAAGUAGACCAGGGACACCUUCUCAUCAUGGCAUGUCACCCGUGCAUUUAUUGCGCGGACACUAUAGGAGUGAUAUGGGCAGUCUUCAAAACUCACCUCGUAGAUCAAACUACGAUGUUGAUCAUUGGGACAACGAGGGCUCACCUUCACCCUCCCGAUUUUACCAGGAGGCUGCUGAUGGCUCGUUGCACCAAAUUCAACUUGGUCAGUUGGACCAUGAAUCGCAAGAAGUUAUCGGGCCUAAUUCGUCACAAGUGGCUCCUCUACCACAUGAGGGCCACGACCAACAUGAGAUCACUAUUGCUGGAUCAAGAGAUUUUUCCUUUGAGAAAAGAACAACUAGUAUAUAGAUAUUAUUUAAUUAACAAGGGGCACAUUAUAUUCUAGAUUAUUUUUAUUAAUUUAUACUUGAUUUCAGAGAAAUGACGAUUGUAAAUUUGAGCCUAAUUGCAACAAUGGAUCUCUGUAAUUAUGAGAUGGAAAACUUGAUCUGAAAAUUCUACUAAAUGCGAAAAAGAUAUUUAAUUUUUCCAUUUUCAA